AUGCAAACCCCUGAACCCUUUACAGACCUUGAUCAUGAACCCCUACUGGACCACCACCACCCACCACAACAAACCACCACAAAACCUUUGUUCACCAGGGUUGUGUCCGGUGUCACCUUUGUUGUAUUCUUCUUUGCUUUCGCUAUCGUAUUCAUUGUUCUCAACCAACAGAAUUCUUCUGUUCAUAUCGACACCAAUUCGGAUAAAUCUUUUAUAAGGUAUUCGAAGGCCGAUCGCUUGUCGUGGGAACGGACCGCUUUUCAUUUUCAGCCUGCCAAGAAUUUUAUUUACGAUCCAAAUGGUCCGUUGUUUCACAUGGGCUGGUACCAUUUGUUCUAUCAAUACAACCCAUACGCACCGGUUUGGGGCAAUAUGUCAUGGGGUCACUCAGUGUCCAAAGACAUGAUCAACUGGUACGAGCUGCCAGUCGCUAUGGUCCCGACCGAAUGGUAUGAUAUCGAGGGCGUCUUAUCCGGGUCUACCACGGUCCUUCCAAACGGGCAGAUCUUUGCAUUGUAUACUGGGAACGCUAAUGAUUUUUCCCAAUUACAAUGCAAAGCUGUGCCCGUAAACUUAUCUGACCCGCUUCUUAUUGAGUGGGUCAAGUAUGACGAUAACCCAAUCCUGUACACUCCACCAGGGAUUGGGUUAAUGGACUACCGGGACCCGUCAACAGUCUGGACAGGUCCCGAUGGAAAGCAUAGGAUGAUCAUGGGAUCUAAACGUGGCAAUACAGGCAUGAUACUCGUUUACCAUACCACCGAUUACACGAACUACGAGUUGUUGGAUGAGCCGUUGCACUCCGUUCCCAACACCGAUAUGUGGGAAUGCGUCGACUUUUACCCGGUUUCGUUAACCAAUGAUAGUGCACUUGAUAUGGCGGCCUAUGGGUCGGGUAUCAAACACGUUAUUAAAGAAAGUUGGGAGGGACAUGGAAUGGAUUGGUAUUCAAUCGGGACAUAUGACGCGAUAAAUGAUAAAUGGACUCCCGAUAACCCGGAACUAGAUGUCGGUAUCGGGUUACGGUGCGAUUACGGGAAGUUUUUUGCAUCAAAGAGUCUUUAUGACCCAUUGAAGAAAAGGAGGAUCACUUGGGCUUAUGUUGGAGAAUCAGAUAGUGUUGACCAGGACCUCUCUAGAGGAUGGGCUACUGUUUAUAAUGUUGGAAGAACAAUUGUACUAGAUAGAAAAACCGGGACCCAUUUACUUCAUUGGCCCGUUGAGGAGGUCGAGAGUUUGAGAUACAACGGUCAGGAGUUUAAAGAGAUCGAGCUAGAGCCCGGUUCAAUCAUUCCACUCGACAUAGGCACGGCUACACAGUUGGACAUAGUUGCAACAUUUGAGGUGGAUCAAGCAGCGUUGAACGCGACAAGUGAAACCGAUGAUAUUUAUGGUUGCACCACUAGCUUAGGUGCAGCCCAAAGGGGAAGUUUGGGACCAUUUGGUCUUGCGGUUCUAGCCGAUGGAACCCUUUCUGAGUUAACUCCGGUUUAUUUCUACAUUGCUAAAAAGGCCGAUGGAGGUUUGUCGACACAUUUUUGUACCGAUAAGCUAAGGUCAUCACUGGAUUAUGAUGGAGAGAGAGUGGUGUAUGGGAGCACUGUUCCUGUGUUAGAUGAUGAAGAACUCACAAUGAGGCUAUUGGUGGAUCAUUCGAUAGUAGAGGGGUUUGCGCAAGGAGGAAGGACGGUUAUAACAUCAAGGGUGUAUCCAACAAAAGCGAUAUACGAACAAGCGAAGUUGUUCUUGUUCAACAACGCUACAGGUACGAGUGUGAAGGCAUCUCUCAAGAUUUGGCAAAUGGCUUCUGCACAAAUUCAUCAAUACUCGUUUUAAUUACCGGCUAUUGCUAUCUUUUUGUUAUUGGUAUUUAUGUAUCUUAAUUUUCUUUUAAACCUUUUUAUUUGAUAAAUAUUGGUUCUUGUUAUUGUGAUUCUAGUAGUAAAUGAAUGGUGUUUUGGGUUAUCUGUUU